GUAACUUCCGGCGCGGAGACGCACAGGACGUCUCCUGCUUUCGCUUUGCUAAUCUGUUUACUGUCACCGCAAUGCUGUCGAGUGUGUAAUGUAGAAAUCAACGGCCUCUACCGCCUUCUGAUCGAACGAAAUCGCUCCACACGUCAACGGCUCAGACCAAAUGAACGGAGCAGCUUUCCCAUCUCCUACUGCAGAAAUGGCAGAGAUAAACCGCAUCCAGUAUGAAAUCGAAUACACAGAGGGCAUCAGUCAGCGCAUGCGCAUCCCAGAAAAGCUGAAAGUGGCCCCGUCAGUCUCUGUGGAGCAGGAGAAGGGUUUUCAGGAAGCCCCGCACAGCACCAUGAUGCAUGUUCCGGAGAGGAUUGUUGUGGCAGAGGAUGAGAGCUCCCAGUACUCCAGACCAAGGGACCUGGACCUCAUCCAGUCCACACCCCUGGAGACGCUGGCACUUAAGACUCCACCGCGAGUCCUGACUCUCAACGAGCGACCGCUUGACUUCCUGGAACUAGAACGCCCUGUGGGUCCAUCUGUGCAAGUGGAAGAGGGCCGAUCACAUGGACGUUUUAGGCGGGAAAGGUCUGCGAGCGAGAACACUGCUGUCCGACAGAACGGUCAGCUGCCCAGGAGCGACUCUGUUGCGAACCCUUCGACCUCUUUGAGCGCUUGCCCUCCACCUGCUGCCCCCGAUGACGGGCACAACCUUUACAGCACACGUGGCGUUCUGUCCCUAAUCCAGUCCACCACACGCCGGGCCUACCAGCAGGUCCUGGAGGUUCUGGAUGAAAACCAUCGCAGCAAGCCUGUUCUGCGCGGUGGCUCAGCCUCCGUGAAUGCCUCGCAUGAAUCCAGGUUUAGCCUGUCCACUUUGGACAACACUCUAGAAGGAGGACCUGAUGACAUGGCUCCGGUAGAUGCAACAACGCUACGGCGACAGAUCAUAAAACUGAAUCGGAGGCUGCAACUCCUGGAGGAGGAGAACAAGGAGCGAGCAAAGCGCGAGAUGAUAAUGUACUCCAUCACUGUGGCCUUCUGGCUCAUCAACAGCUGGAUCUGGUUCCGUCGCUAAGAGCUCAGCUGCUCUUCCCAGCUUUCCACUGAGAUGCUGUCAGACUGUUGCCAAAAGUACCCUGCACUCUGGCCCAGCCCUGUAGCACCUGGCCGCUGCACAACAAACAGAUCUGGGCAGGGGGAGGGGAAAAAAAAAAUCAUUAUUUGUGUAUGCAUACCUGUUAAUCACCUUUUUCGGGUGUUGUUGAAUAUUAUUGUAUUUUUUAUUUCAGGAACACUUGUUAGUGCAAAGCAUGUGUGCUUUAGCUGUAAAUAUUCUGAUAUUUUCUUUCUCCAGGUUUACACGCAGGCUUGAAUCUCUACAGUGUUUCCCUAUGUAACACAUAAUAAGAUGGAGUAAAAUUAAAGCAGUCAAUGUAUUCAUGCA